AUGUGGCUGACAGACGCACAAAAAAUUGGCGUCGGCCUGACGUCGUUCGGCGCGUUCUUCAUGUUCCUCGGGGUGGUGAUGCUGUUCGACGGGCCUUUGAUUGCGUUGGGAAACAUCUUGUUCGUGAGCGGGCUGCCGCUGAUCAUUGGGCUGAGAAAGACGAUGUACUUCUUCUCCCGGAGGCAAAAGCUGCGAGGGACCGUCGCCUUCGCAGCUGGCAUCCUCCUCGUCUUCCUCAAAUACCCCUUCUUCGGCGUCAUCAUCGAGAUGUUUGGUUUCCUCAACCUCUUCGGAGACUUCUUCCCCGUCGUGCUGAGCUUCAUGCGACAACUGCCCGUGAUCGGGCACUUCUUGAGCGCGCCAGGCGUGCGACAGGUUACGGACCGGAUAUGCGGCGUGCGGAAGCAGUCGCCAGUGUAG